GUACAUAAUCGCGAAAACAAAUUCGCAUGAUCGCCAAUGUCGCAAUUCCGCUAUCAACAAUUAAUUUUUUGAUAACUUCUCGGAAAUCUAGAUUUUUCCUUGUUACUCUUUUUUUUUUUUUUUUUAAAUUUUCUUACCGAUCUUGGAUCAUUGUAUGAUCGUUUAAGUAUUCGCGUAUAUAUAAUUUUCUAAAUAAUCAUUAAAUUCUGUUUCUUUUUGUUAUUAGAAACGAUAUUUUUUAUCAAUAGAACAGUUAAUUUUUACUAUAUGUAUGUAUACGUAUAUUAUAUGCGACUAAGAAAGUGGACGAUGCGCUUCAAUAAUCGCGAUCUUACCGACGAUCAAUUCUAUUAGGGUUAUUCUCGACCGAAGGUAUAUUAUCUACUGUCAUUCUGGAUUGCAUUCAAAAAUACAUUUAUAUUUUUAACUCUCGGAUGUUCUUGAGUUAUCAUUUUAUUCUUAUAAUAAUCAGUGAAAAAACGGAUAAAAUAAUAUCCCAAAUGUUUUUGAAUGAAGUUCUGCAGUAUCAGUCUACAACGCAUCAAUAUUGUAAAUUUAUAAAUCACACGAUAAUUUCGGCACGUUGACGAUGUGCGCGCACAUGUGUUUGUAAAAUCUUUGUACAAAUGAAUAUUCUCGAUAAUACAAUUAUGGAGAUUAGUUUUAUAUAUUAUUAUAACAGCUGAAUAAUAUUGCAUGCAGUAAAGUUUUUCCAUUUCAUAAUAUAAUGGUAACAUCGUUAAUUACACGAAAUAUACUUUUGUAAUAAAAAAAAACUACGUUUAAUUAUAGAGGAUUUUUUAUUUCGAUUUUAAUAGAAAUAAUUGCAAAAUUAUAUAUUGAUUGAUAUCUUUGUAUUUUUUUGUAUAUUCCGCAAUUCUUAUGUAUAACAUUCUUUUUUCUUUUCCGUAACAUUAAUUAGAAACCCUUAAUACAGAUAUCAGGGGUUUCUAAUAAAGAAAUACAUAAAAUAUUUUAUUAUAGCUGCUAGAUUUGCGAUAUAAUUGCGAUUAUAAGGUAUAAAACAAUGUUUAUAGCGUUUCUGAUUGAUGAUCGUUUCGGAAUCGAAUUUAUUAAUAUAUUAUUUAAAAAUACUUUUCAAAAUACGAAGUUUUUAAGAUAUACACUUUAAGUAUUAUUCAUAUAUAAAAUAUAAUUCCGAGUAAAAAAUUCUAAAGUUCGUUACUUUAUUUAGUUGAAUACAAUGCGAAAAGAUGUCUAAUUUUCUUCUAUAUAAUAUAUAAUAUUUAUACAUUUAUAUGUAAUAUCAAAACUAUUUCCUUCGUUCUUUAUCUAUGUAAAUCGUAAUGUCUUAAUGAAGAUUCACGAAAAUUGUUUUUGCGGCGUAUUGUACAUACAUUCGUGUGUAAGUUCAGUCGGAUCACGCUCUAUGGAAAACAAUGUAUUUACACAAAUGCACGCAUGCGCGGGUGGUCAAAAUGUUUCGUACACCAAAAACACUUUCGAUACACUUUUUUUCCUCGGUCGUGCGUGACUGGUGCGUAACGUUUAAAAAAGCGGCGUAUGCGUUCUCUCGGCUUUAUCCCCUCCCAAGGGCGGCUGCGCCGCACGCCUGUUGGUAUCGCUUUUCCCCCUUUCUCCGGCGGCCGGCGACGUGCCUGCUAUGGCGAUGUUUACAGCGUAGUCACGGCAACGGCUCGUGUGAUCAACUGUGAUCAGUCGGUGAGCCGUCGCGCGCCGGGUAACAGUGGAGGGCGUUCGCGGCGCGUAUCGGUUUUGCGUAUAUCGUGUCGCGCCGUCGACUGGCUGUGUGGUUUCUUUCCGUUUCUCUAUCGGAACGUCGACAGUCCCGACGAUCGAACAAUUCGACGAGACACGAAGAAGAACCGGUGGCGCGACGAAUGUUCGGAGAAGUGACGCGCGUAAAGGUGCGUCUUAACAAACAGUGCGCGCGAGCGAUGUUACGUCGGUGUGUUUCUCUUCUUCAUUAACACGGCACUCCGUGUGGAUUAGAACUUGCACGCCUGGCAUCGCAGACGAGAGUUUUCAUCACGGUAGUUCAGAGAUGAGAUGCGUCGUGAUGGACGAAGAAGCGCCGGCGAGGUGCGGAUCCCUCGUCGUCGCGCGUCGUUCCGAUUGCUCCGUCAUUCGCGCUGACAAGUAGUGAGUGCUGCUUCCCCGAACCCCCGUCGUGUUCGAGCGAAUUUUGACGUGACGCGAAGAGUCCGCCGGCAGAACGAUGUGUCGCGUAAACGCGCCAGUGACCGUCCGCGAGUGCGAUUGACGUGCAGGUCGGCCAAGGGUAUUAUCGGCGCUAGAAUUCGAGUGAGGAAGGAGACGAGAGAGAAAAGCCCUCGCGAAGCAACGUGAAGUUUGCGGGGGAGGCUCGCGCGCGCGCGCGCGCGCGGUUCGAUCACGUGACCGCGUGAAACUCGCUCGCCAGAGUCGCGGUGAGGAAGAACGCGGGAAGGACACGCGCGAGUGUGCCGCGACGUGUUAUGGUCCGCGCGUUUUCGUUCCGCGCGGGACGACAUGGGGGUGACGACGACGACGACGACGGCGACGGCGGCGACGACGCAGCAGCAGCGGCGCGGCUGUCGAUGAGCAGCCCCAAGGAUAAUAGAUGCGUGGUGCAGGUGGAACGAGACUCGUGCAAGUUCGCUAGCAGCAACAGCAGCCUCCAGCAGGCCGCUCGGAUGCCGCUCGCUGUCGGCGCGGGCAUGAUGCCACGAGGUCUGCCGACGAGACGUGGCCUGCAGGCGCUGGCGCUCGUCAUCGCUACCGCUUACGCCACGAUUCUCCUCUACCAGGCCAUCGUGCCGCGCCAGUGGGUCGACGAGAUGAACGUGGCGGAAGUGAAUAGCCGAAGCUUGAUAGUGGAGUCGCCGGCGUCGAGAAAGUUGAUAGGCGAGGAGUCGCCGGCGACGCCGCCGGUGGCGACGGCGACGAUGGCGCCGUUCGCCACGAACCUCGACGACGUGUUUAUCAGCGUGAAGACCACCAGGCACUAUCAUCACUCGCGCUUGCCGGCUAUCGUCGACACGUGGUUCCAAUUCGCCAGGAAUCAGACCUGGUUUUUCACCGACAGAGACGACCCGUACUUCCAAAAUCAAACUAAUGGCCACAUGAUCAACACCAAGUGCUCAUCUUCGCACAAUCGGCGGGCCCUUUGUUGCAAGAUGUCGGUGGAAUUCGACAGAUUUCUCGAUAGUGGCCGAAAAUGGUUCUGCCACUUCGACGACGAUAAUUACGUGAACGUGCCGCGCCUACUGAAGCUUCUGGACAAUUAUAAUCCACGCGAAGAUUGGUACCUCGGCAAGCCCUCGAUACCUGCGCCUUUGGAGAUCAUCAGGCAGGGCCCGGAGCCGCAGAAACGACCGCAAAAGGUGAAAUUUUGGUUCGCCACGGGCGGCGCCGGAUUCUGCAUCAGUCGAGCAUUGGCGUUGAAGAUGACGCCGGUGGCUGGGGGAGGAAAAUUUAUCACCGUCGGCGACAGAAUCAGAUUGCCAGACGAUGUGACAAUGGGGUAUAUAAUCGAGUACCUCCUGAAAAAGCAACUCACUGUGGUGGAGCAGUUCCACUCGCAUUUGGAGCUGAUGAAGUUCCUGAACAAGGAUACCUUCCACGAACAGAUCUCUUUUAGUUAUUCCAAAGGACCUAGAGACGAGUGGAAUAUCCUGAAGAUUGAUGGCUUCAGUAUGAAGGACGAUCCAAAGAGAUUUAAAUCCAUUCAUUGCCAUCUGUUUCCACAAGUUCCUUAUUGUCCACAUAGAUAAUGACGAAUAAGAAGAAAGUCGAAAAGUCAAAUUUAUUAUAAUUUAUAUCAAUUGCGGAAAACAUUAAUGUGAAAAAGGGUAAGGAACAUUCUACUAAUUGAGUCAGUUUUAAUAACAUGAUAUUUUAUUAUUGCAUAUAAAAGUUCUACUCGUUUUUAAUAAAAUAAUUUUAUUAUUGCGUAUAAAAAUUCUACUCGGUUUUUUUUUAAAUAAAAUAAAUGAAUAAAUAAAAUAAAUAAAACGACCAUUAAAGACUCUUAAUUAUAUACAUCUUACUUUUUCCAUUUUAUGUAAAUAUAAUGACUGUUAGUCGAUUGCACUAUCAGUGUGGAAAGUAAAUGUUUUGAAAUUUAAAUAUUGAAAAUGGGUAGAAAAUAUAUUUUGUGUUGUAUGAAACAUGAUGAUUCAAAAUUAGUUAAAGAUGUACGUCGACGUCGCUAGAUAUAUCAUAUAUAUGCUAAAAUAUAAAAUAUAAAAUUAUUUUACUUUACACGGUACGAUAUUCGGCACAAUAGUCUAUAAUAAAGACUAGACUAUUGAUUAUUGAUUGCAGAUUUUUUUUUAUUAAUAACUUUAACGGCGUCUGCAAUGCAUGUGUUCAAACUUUUGGGCCAUUUUUCAAUUUUUGAUUUACUUUUUUCAAGAUUGACGAAAUUUUUACGUUUCAUUUUUUUUUUCAUUUGGUUGAAUUGCAUGCAAUUUAAGCAAUGCCUUUCGAUGGUUACUUCUUAAUCAGUUAUAAAUUUGUUGAGUAAAACAAAAUACUCAAAUUUAGUUAUUUACAUUAAUUUGAUAAGCUGAUUAACUUUUACGUACACUUUGACAAAGACAUUUGUUUAAUUUUUCAAAUUCUUAUAUAGUCAUAUUUAAAUAUGAAAAUAUAAAAACGUAAUACCUUUUGUAAAACAUUUUACAUAUAUUAAUUAUCUAUAUAUAUUUUUACACAAUUAUAAUUAUUAUUUAUUCAUGUAUGUUCCUUACUAUACAUUUUACAUUUUAUUUAAUAACGACCACAAUAUGAAUGUAAAGAUACAUGAUGAGAAUUUUGACUGACUUGUGAAUUCUUUUGUUGUAUCGAGUUUGUAGUACUGUUGUUAUUUUUUCUGUUUUUAGCAAUUUAUGAAGAUGUGCAUAUGUAUAUAAUUAAUAUCGAUUUGCGUUCUGUAUUAUAAUUUUUACAUGAUGCAAAUAAAACUUGCAUUUAUAUAAUCGGUUAAGAAAACAAAAGAUUAACAAUUCAAACUUCAAGUUUUUAUGAUUAUUAUUUAUGCAAAUAUUUGAUUACAUCUAUAAUUUCUAAUUAUUAGUAUUUGAAAUUUUAUAAAAAUUUGAAUUGUUACCUCUUUUGAUUUUAAUUACAAGAUGAUAGUGGCAAACUUUUACUUUGUAUUUUUUUGUAGAACUUUAUUUUAUUUAUGAAGUGAAAAUUUUGUAUUUUUUUUCUUUUUUUAUCUGAAAUUAUAUUUAAAAAAUAUUAUAAAUGACACACUGUGGAGCUAUGAUUUUAUAGAAGUAUAUUUGCCAUUGACAUUUUGUAUUAUAUAUACGUAUACAUAUGAGGGAGGAUAAGAAAAACAGCAGAGAUAAAAUAGAGAUAUAAUUUCUCAACGAGAAAAUUAUAUAUAUAUACAAAACGCAAUUCGUACCAGCACGCACAUAGGCGUACAUAACAGCUGCAUCUGUGCAAUACUAUAUAGAAGUUGUACAUAAAUUUUAUAUAUAUAUAUAUAUAUAUAUAUAUAAAAUUAUAAAUCGUUGACAGUCUUGUUUUGUCACGAAAUGGAAAUAAGCUAGUCCCUCACUAAAAGACAGACAGCUGUACGUAAUGUGAUAUUUCAUGCGUGCAAAGUUCACUUGUGUGUGUAUAUAUCUCUCACUCUUCUGUAGUAUUAUAUUGUAUAAGAUUAUUUAUGAACGAUAUAGUGGAUACGUGUGCAAUAUUAUAUGAGUCGUUUGCUUUCAACGUAGUUUAUUGUCCUAUUAAAAAUAAAAUCUUAUGAGAAAUGCAAUGUACAAUAAUAUUUAUAUUGUAUAUUAAUUUAAGCAAGUUCCGUAAAAUUACAUUUACACUAUUUUGAAAGUAAACGGUUUAUAUAUAAUUAUUAGCCGUUGUUGAGAAACGAGAGGAAACAUUCACGUUAUACAUAUAGGUGAGAUUUUUAUAUACGUAUUAUUAUUAAUUACGUGCUCCCGUGUGUAAUAUGUCGAAAAAUAUAUGCUAUUAAUAUUCAAACAUUGAAAAUAUUAAAUUGUGUAAUAUGGAUUACAUGUUCUGCGAUAAUGUUUUGUAUAAUAUUUUGUAUAGAUAUGCAUACAUUAUAAGAAGAAUUCUGUCAAUCUUCA